UUUUACUCCAUGUGAAUUUCACUUCACAUUUACACAUGACUGUUAUAUUGUUUUGUGUUUUAAAGGAUUUAUUCAAAUCAAUUUGGACUAAUAAAUCCAAAUAGAGUUUCCUGUCUGUCAAAGAGCCGGUCUUUGUGGAACAAAUGUGACAUUCGAUAUGAAGGUUGAAUGUUGUCAUCCCCCAUGGCUAAAAGGGAGCCAAAGAGCAGGGAGGGGAUGCAGGGAUCCGUCAGGGAUCCGAUUUCAGCACGGCAGCAUUCCCGGUAAAUUUCAUGACGGACAACGUGAGACUGCAAGGGACGGGGCACGAUCCCGUGUGUUCCCAAAGCAAACAACUGGAAGCUGAGUCGGUGUCCGGUCCACUGGAGUUGAAGCUGACACAGAGCUGACCACGAGCGAACGGGAGCGGCGUGGAUGUGACGGGCACAACUGAGGCAACCUGAUGAGACCAAAGAAGCACGCCAUGUGAGUUUUGGGGGCAUCAUCUGUCAGCAGCUGUUUUACAUCCAGUGUUCAAAUUCUCUGAAAGGGGAUUUUUAGCUUUUAUUUGUAAAUUUGGAUGGAUUCUGCAAUGGAAAACAAUGACCAACAGCCUGACAAUGGAGAGGAUGGAGGAAAAGACGAAUAUGGAGAAAAAGACAAACUGAAGAACCAGCUGAACAGUGAAGAAAAGGGAGAGAAGGAGAACAAUGGAAACGAAAAGGAAAGAAAAAAAGACUUAAGACGUUCAGGUAUUCUAUGGAGAAACGGAUGGGCUUUGGGGGAGAGACUGGCCAUCAACGUCUCAGGGAUGCGCUAUGAAACCCAGCUUCGUACUUUAGCCCAGUUCCCCGAUUCCAUGCUCGGCGAUCCUAGGAGGAGAUCGCGAUACUUUGACCCGCUUCGAAACGAGCUCUUCUUGGACCGUAACCGAGCUUGCUUCGAUGCCAUCCUGUAUUUCUACCAGUCGGGCGGCAGGCUUCGUCGGCCCGCCAACAUCCCCUUGGACAUUUUCAUGGACGAGCUGAGAUUCUACGAGCUCGGAGAGGACAUCAUGAACCGCUUUAAGGAGGACGAAGGAUUCGCAAAAGAGGAGGAGAGACCUUUACCGUCCAAUGAAACCCAAAGGAAAGUGUGGAUGCUGUUCGAGCACCCGGAGUCCUCUUCAGGGGCUCGAAUCAUCGCCAUCAUCAGCGUCAUGGUGAUCGUGUUGUCUAUCCUCAUCUUCUGUCUGGAGACAAUCCCUGCCCUGAAAGCUGAAAAAGAGGACUUCCACUCACAUUCAAAGAAUGGUUCUGAGAACGGUUCCUCCUCGCCGAGCAUCUUCCACGACCCUUUCUUCAUCGUGGAAACCAUUUGUAUUUGCUGGUUCUCCUUUGAGCUCAUAAUGCGCUUUGCUAGCGCUCCGAGUAAAAUGCGUUUCUUCAAAGACAUCAUGAACAUUAUUGAUUUUAGUGCCAUCUUACCUUAUUUUGUGACUCUGGGAACAGAGUUAGCCAAAACCAAUGACGCCUCUCCGGCGACUUCCUUGGCCAUCAUCAGAGUCAUCCGGUUGGUGAGGGUCUUCAGGAUCUUCAAGCUGUCUCGGCACUCCAAGGGUCUACAAAUCCUGGGUCAGACCCUGAGGGCGAGCAUGCGGGAGCUCGGCCUGCUCAUCUUUUUCCUCUUCAUCGGCGUCAUCCUCUUCUCCAGCGCUGUGUACUUUGCCGAAGCCGACCACAAUACCACCGACUUUGUCAGCAUCCCGCACGGUUUCUGGUGGGCCGUCGUUACCAUGACAACCGUGGGAUACGGGGACAUGUGUCCCGCCACGGUGUGGGGCAAAAUGGUGGGCUCUAUGUGCGCCAUUGCUGGCGUGCUCACCAUCUCCCUGCCCGUGCCCGUCAUCGUGUCCAACUUCAGCUACUUCUACCAUCGAGAGACGGAAUGUGAAGAUCGAACCGGGUACAAUCAUGUCCAGACGGUUCUGUGGGAGGACGAGGAGCUCGAAGAAGAAGAACUAGAGGAAGGGGAUAGGGAUCCAGAGGAUGAGUAUAAUGCAUCGGAAGGAAUCUGCAACUCUCUGAAUGGAACUCUACGUUGUGCCGAGUAUGGAAAGGUCAAUACGUUUCUAGGAGAGCCACUGGUUACUCAAGUUUAGACAAAGUGACUGUUUUAGCCAAAAAAAGCACAAGCGGUUGAAUGCUUAAAGGAUGGAGACAAUAAUAGAUCAACACUGUCAAAUAAUUAACUAAUUUGUAGCUAUUUUUUGCUUUAUAAAUUAUAUUUAAAGC